CGAUGGAAGCUUUCGGUCCGAAUGAGCAAAUUGGUCAGCAUCGGCGACGCAUCGAAUUACAUCAUCCGACAUAAAAAGGGAACCCGAGGCAACGCGAUUUCCUGAAUUUCUCCGAACUCGGCGCGGGAACCAAGAAACGCGUCCCCCGCAGACCUUUCGUGCAUCCUCACCGUCGAUCGGUCCGCACGGAAAUUCGAAUCCGACGGACCAGACGCGAGCGGCCGGGGUGGGGGGAGGCACGCCGUGUCCGUUUUCUCCUCCGCCUCCUCCCGCUUGCUGCCGAAACGACAAAGCGGGGAGCACCGCCCGCCUUCGAGUUACGACCCUCUUUUGCUGCUCGAGCUGGGCUGGCCAUCGACGCUUUCCUUAUCCGUGUUCGCGCUGCCGCUUCGAAACUCCCGCAAGAACCGAGAAGAAGACGAUCCCCUCUCCCCCGAAAACCCUCCCCGUCUCGGUCGAGUUCCCGAAAGAGGACGAGGCAGCGAUUGUUUACUUCAUUCUGGGUUAGAAUGGGUUCUGGAGGAACGGCGGAUUUUGCUGGGGACUGUGGAGACCUCAUUUGUGGAGAGUCUGCGAAAAAGUUCAGUCUUUUAGGAGUUAUCGAUGCUGAUAAGCAGGUCUUGAAGCAAAUUGCUGCUGUCGGCAACGAGGAUGGAGAUAAUCUUGGGCCGAAUACUCCUGAUACGGACAGAGAGGAUGGGGACACUUUUGUGAGCCUCAAAUACCCCCUUACUCUGCCAGAGAUGACCUCGGAAGUAGAUGUCCUCGAUUCCUUGAGGGAAAACGAUGAUCAAGCGCUUCCUCAUGUCGAUCAGACCAGUAGCCCGCACACGCCUAAAGACAACGUCUUUGACCCAUUUGCACCUGGUCCGGAAAAUUUGUUGCUGGCACCCCGAUGUGACAAGCGCCUCGAUGAAUGGAGAAGCAGCGUUGCGCGCCGUCUCAAAUUUGGGGGCUUCGGUAGUAGCUUGGAAGAUCGAAUUGAUGUGGACUGUUCGUGCACUCCAUCCGACAAAGAGAUUGUUGAUUCAGUGUACAAUAUCGUCUUGGAAGUUGUUAUAAUGAACCGGAUGGAAGAAGUUUCUGCUAGCAUUUCAGACUGGGAUUUCUCUAAAUGCAAGACUCCUCAUUCACCGCCCCUUUUGAAUGGCAUUGCUGAGACCUGCCCUGCCGCUCCCAUGAAGGCUUCAAUGGCGUCGAGGAAUACCAGUUUGGGCACGUGCAGAAAGCUUCAGUUUUGAUCACUAUUUGGUUCUCGUAGGCUUGACUUAACAGCGGUACUAACUUCAUUAAGUAAAUGUGCUGACUGUGAAACUCUAAUCUGUCAGCUUUUCCAGUAGCUUUUUGUUCUAGGAAGAUGUCGUAAUCAAAUAACGCGUCUGUCUUUACUCUUUGCCCAAUAUGCUUAUGCUGCUUAGUUGUACAGUUAACUUAUGUUAUUGGCAUUGCAUUCUGGCAAACUUGCUCUUUUCAUUGAAGUAUAGCAUCGUGUGAUCGUUCUUCAGCGA